AUGGAUUACGUUGUUAGAAGCUUAAAGCAGACUCUCGGCGACGCGCAUCCUGAUCUACUGACGUUUCAACAUGAACUUGCAGGAGCAUGCCAAUCAGAUGGCCAGAUUAAGCGUGCAGUUACGCUGCUUGAGCAUGUGAUUGCUGCGGAAGCGAAAAUACUGAGCGAAGACCAUCCAGAUCGAUUGGCAUCUAAACAUGAACUCGCACGAGCAUAUCAAGCGGAUGGUCAACUCCGGCGCGCAUUGGAACUUCUCGAGCAGGUUGUCGCUAUUGAGGAGAAUACAUUACGUGAAGACCACCCUGAUCGACUGGCAUCACAGCAUAUGCUUGCUAGAGUUUGCCAAGCGGUGGGACAGACCAAUCGCGCUUUGAAGCUCCUCGGGCAUAUUGUAGCUUUGCGAGAGAGAACUCUUAGCGAGGAGCACCCUGACCGACUGGCAUCUCAGCAUGAAUAUGCUGUAGCGUAUAGGAUGCAUGAAAUGAACAGGGCCAUAUGA